UAAUCUUUAUUUUUAUUGAUUUUUUUUAUAUUUGUAUUUCUCUGUCAUCUCAAUGUAAAGAGUCGACUCUGUUAGGAACCUGAUGGCUCUUCUGAUUUGACUCUUUAUUCGUGGCUGUUCAGGAUGCUAACAGUUAGCUGAGAUUAGCGCAGUGUUCAGAGUUACAGGGACCGAAACAGACUUUCACACAAGAGUUAAUACUGUCCAGGAGAAAGGGCUCAGGAAUAUUUAAUAACCACUACACAUCAAUACAGCACUGACUUUUUAUAAGAAAAUUAUUAUUUCACUGCGGAACUGCAGCUGAGAUACUCGCAUGAAGCUCAGGAGAUUUCCAUCAGGGUUUCAGGGUGUGUAAUGGUCACUUCCUCUGCCUGACUGAGGCAUCAUCAUGAUCAUGAAGCUCCACCAUGUGGUGCAGGUGUUGCUGUGGAGUGUGUGUGUGUGUGAUGUCAGCAGCAUGGUGAAGAUUGUAGCCAAUCAGACCACACCAAACCCUGAAAACUGCAUUGUGUCAAAGUGUCCUGUAGUUCCUGGUUCCUGUAACCGAGCGAUCUUCUCAGAGAAGGACUCCACCUGCAUAUUCCUGAGCUGUGAUGAUAACACAACCUGUGAUCUCUUCCUCAAGGAACUGGGAGAAAAACUUCAGAAUGAAGAAGCGAGAGCAGAUCCACCCCAUCCCUCUUCAGAUUCUCUGGAAAGCCCUGUGUCUCCAACACAAAGUGCCCCUUCUGCCUCGCUGUCUGCCUCUGCUGCCCCUGUAUCUCACCCUGGUCCACCUCCUGCUGCUGAUAGUAACUCUUCAGACGCCAGUGCAGGCAGAAAAACCAGAACGUUCACUCGGAGUGCAAACCUGGGGCAAGUCCUGAACAAGACCCUGCAGCAUGAAGACCAGAACAAGACCCUGUAUAAUGGACACCAGGGGCAACCCUCAGCCACACCUUCUGCCCCUACACCAACCUCACCACCACUUCCUGUGGCAUCUGUGGGGGCAGGAAACAUUUCCUUGACUGUUCCUAAAGAUCAAAAUAAAAAAGUGAACAAAACUGACCAACAUUCCACCACCACCUCCAUCACCACCUCCAUCACCACCUCCACCUCUCUCUCCACAUCCACCCCCACCUCUCUCUCCACCACCACCUCCACCUCUCUCCACCACCACCCCACCUCUAUCUCCACCUCUCUCCACCACCACCCCACCUCUCUCUCCACCACCACCUCCUCAGCCAAACCUGUGCUUUCUUCAAACUCCACAACUGUAACCACCAUCACCAUAGCAACAGUUACCCCAACAACCACCAAUACCACCACACCCACCACCACCAAUAAAGUUACCUCACUUCAAUCCGAAACCCAAACACAACCAACAUCUUCCACACCAUCACCCCCACCAACACAUCCUCCAUCCACUGCACCCCCAUUUCUGCCCUCUGUCACCCCGUCCACCCCUCCACCCCCUCAAACCAAUACCACAACCACCCCCAGAGUCGCUGAUGUUACCUCCGAUCAGGACAAAGCCAAAGUGCAGACAGCUGGAGGAGAGCUGGUGGGUCAUGUGGUGAACACCAGCUCUUUGAUCGCUGUGCUGAUCUUCGGCCUGCUCUUCUUCAUCGUCACAGUCAUCCUCUUCCUCAGACACGCCUAUGAGAGCUAUAAGAGGCGGGGCUACACGCAGAUGGACUAUCUCAUCAACGGCAUGUACGCUGACUCGGGGCUCUGACUCGUCUCGUCUCUUCUCGCCUCGUCUCUUCUCACCUCUUCUCGUCUCAAUACAAACUUUAUCUUAUUCUUUUAGCCAAACUAAUUUCCCAAGUCUUCAUCAUCAGGAGCUGUGAACACACACACACACACACACACACACACACACACACACACACACACACACACAGUGGAAGAG